AAACCACUUUCAAACACUUGCUCAAAUCGUUGGCAUCCAGAAUUUUAAGAGCUUUCGCUAUUUUGGAAGAGGUGAUUGGGUUCAUUCUGCCAUACAAACUAGUAUUUUGAGUUCUCAACCAUGUUUUACUCGCUCCAUCAUACACUCAGCCCGUUGCUGGAAAGAAUGGGGCGGAGUUUGUUUGAGAUGAAUCAGAUUGCAGGUCAAGAGCAGCUAUGCUCAAUUCCAGACAAGUGGAUGGAAAUCUUAAGGACAUUUAUAAAAGUAGUUCCCGAGGAAAAUAGAAGAGAUCACACCAAUGUGGAUGUGAAAGCGUGGCUGUACGAUGUCCAAAACGUGAUUGAUAAUUUGAAGGACAUACUGGAUGAAUUUGAGUUGAUGGCUGCUUGUCAGAGUCGUACGACAGGCAAGAACAGUUCCUUCUUGAACAUCAUGCCUGAUCGUUGUACAGUUUCGAAUCCGAAUGCUGUGUUGGAUGGCGAUUUGAGGUCUAAGAUAAUGGAUAUAACUAACCGAUUGGAAGAACUUGACAGGAAAAGAAAUGCACUUGGACUGAGAGUCAUUUGGCCCCCUCUGCUAACAGCGUGCGAAUCUAUGAUAGAGUACCCUGAAUGGGUUUCUCCAAAUGAACAUGCUAUCUAUCGCAGGGGCAGAGGUAAUAUGUAUGGCAGGGGAAGAGAUAAAAUGUAUGGCAGGGGCAGAGAUACAGUUAACCGAUUGAAAGAAUUCAAUACGAAAAGGGAUGCACUUGAAAUUAUGACUCACUCUGCACCAGCCAAAGUGGUAAUCAAGAGGGGACUGGAUUCGAAGAGCGAACCUACUAUUUAUGGAAGGGACGAAGAUAAAAUGAAAAUUCUUGAAUUGGUGCUCAGAGAUGAACCAAGUGAUGCCAACUUUAGCAUAAUACCCAUUAUUGGCAUUGCAGGAGUUGGCAAAACAACGCUUGCUCGGCUUGUGUACACUGACAAGACAGUAGAACACUUCAAGCCUAAGGCGUGGGUUUCUGUUUCUGAGGACUCUGAUAUUUUCAGAAUCUCCAAGGCUAUCCUUGAAUCAAUCACUUCUAGAUCCUGCGGUCUAAAGAAUUUAAAUGAAGUACUGGUUCAACUGAAAGAAGCACUAGUUGGUCGAAAAUUCUUGCUAGUCUUAGAUGAUGUAUUGAGCAAGAACAAUGGCUUGUGGGAAACUCUCAAGUCUUCUCUAAUAGUUGGUGCCCCAGGAAGUAAGGUAAUCAUGACAACACGUGGUGCAGAUCUUAUGAUAUCAAUGGAGUCCAAUAAUAUUCAACCUUAUAACUUGGAGGUUUUAUCCAAUGAUGAUUGUUGGUCCGUAUUUGCGAAGUAUGCAUUUAAGAGAGAUUCGGAUGCACGUAAGGAUUUAGACUAUGAAUUUGGGACAGCUGAUGAUAUACAUAAGACUUCAAAAUUAAUUCGUGAGCUAGUUGUUCGAAAGUGUAGAGGGUUACCCUUGACAGCAAGGAUUCUGGGUAGUCUUCUAUGCUCUAAAUGGGAUCAGGGUGAGUGGCAAUAUUUUUUGAAAAGUAAAAUAUGGGAUUCAGCUGAUGACAGUGAGAUUCUCCCAGGACUAAAGUUAAGUUACCAAGAUCUUUCUUCAGAUUCAAAAGUUUGCUUUGAUUAUUGUGCAAUUUUACCAAAAGAUUAUGAGUUCGAAGAAAAGGAACUUGUCCUUCUAUGGAUGGCAGAANUUCGUUUCCAAGGCUGCCCCAAUGCUCGACACCCAUGUAGCUUACUAAUACAUUUACUUUGA